AUGCCGCCGCCGACCGUCCAGGACCUGCUACGCCAGCUAGAGCAGGAGAGGCGCGAAAAGGCCGAGGUUCAAGCCAGGGCAGAGCGUGCCGAGGCCCGUGCAGGAAUGCUUGAGACCCGUGCAGGAGUACUUGAGACCCGUCAGUCACCCUCGUCUUUUCUCGACUAUGUUCGCUGGACGGAGAAGGUUCUGUUUCAGACAUUCCACAUCAAGCCGGCAUUGGUGCCGCAGAGCGAGCGGCGGAGCCAGGCCGCGGGCACAAGUGCAUCGUCGCCCUCUACGACCCACACGGCGACGCGCGUCAAGGGCAAGUUCUAUCCCCGGCGCCUGCGCCCUUGGGACUUUGAGACUGCCCAUGCCUCGAUCUUUCAGACGCUGGUCGCCGCGUUUGGCGAGGACAAGGUGUUCCCGGCGCUGACGGACGUGAUCGGCAUCGGCCGCGACCUGAGCCCGGGGCCAGCCGACGAGCAGGACCUGCGGCCGUUUAUCCGCGCUGCGAUCGAGAAGCCGGCUGCGCGUGUGGUGACACAGUACAUUCAACAGAAGCAGAACGACAAAGCAAGCACCGACAACGAGCGGGGCUUUUUGAAAAUCACGUUUCAAAACAACGCGUAUGGAGUCGACCUCGUCCAGGAAGCGGCCGAGGAGACGCCGCCGCCGCCGCCGCCCGGGCAGCCAGGCGUCAUGGCCCCGCCACCCAAGCGGAGACGAUCGCCUGUUAAAACCAUCGGGGUGCCGGACCGUUGGUGCGUCGGCUUCGACGACAGCGGAAGCGCAACGCACAUCCUUGUUGGCGAGUACAAGGCCGCGCACAAGCUGCCUGCCCAGAAGCUCAGCGCCGUGCUCUCGAAGCCGCCGGGCGAGGACUUUUUUAUCCAGGCCGUGAAAAGCAGAGACGUCGAUCCCAAUGCGACGGACGCGACAGCCCCCACCUCGGCGGCGGCGGCGGCGGCAGCGACCCAACGACGUGCCGCGCCUGUGACGGGUGCUGAUGUGGAGCAUACACGGCUAACAUCGGAAGAGGUGUACAUUGCGUCCACCCUCUGCCAAGCGUACCACUACAUGAUUACAACCGGUCUCGAAUUCGGCUACGUGGCGUCCGGUGACGGCCUGGUGUUUCUCCGGGUCUUGGAAGACGAUCCCCAGACGCUCUUGUACUUUUGGUCCGUCUUUCCAGUCCAGGCGCCUGCUCCCGGGCAAGGUGCAGCCCCGGGAGCCGCUCUAGCCUCCGACGACAUCGAGAACAGCACUGCGGGCAUGCGCGAGCCAAUCCAAACAGCGCUCGCUUACCUCACCAGCCUGUGCAUGCUUGCGCUCAAGUCGACGGUGCGCCCUAUGUCGUGGAUUGACGCGCGCGAGCGGGAUCUCGCGCGGUGGCCCCAUCCCUACGAGCAGGCGCUGCCGUCAAUGGCGACGGCUGCGCUCUUGCCUGCGCCCCCGGGCCCUCGCAGAGACGACACGGGUGGUGGCGCCGGUGGCACAGGUAGCAGUGGUGGCAGUGGCAGCGAACCGUCUCGUACAAGUACGAAGCGGCCACAUUCCGCGCAUACCCCCAGCCGCACCAAUACCGGCAGCGGCAGUGGUAGCGCCAGCGCCAGCGGCAACGGCAGCGGCAACGGGAACACAGCACGGACGCGCUUUGUUGUUGAACCGCCCACACUACCGUACUGCACGCAAGCCUGCCUGCGCGGACUGUGCACCGGCGCGCCCCUGGACGAUCUCUGCCCCAACGCGGCGUUACACCGCGCAGCACGGCCACCGCAGGCGGGAACGGGGCACGGGGACGGCCACCCGCUCACGGCCGACGGCGUUCGCGAGCGUAUCGUGGCGCAGCUGGCCCAGAACAUGGACAAAGACUGCCAGUGCUUGGACCGCUGGGGCUUCUUUGGCCGGUACGGCGCUCUCUUUAAACUGGCCGUGACCGGCUACGGCUACACGUUUGUCGCCAAGGGCGUGCAGGCGCCGCACCGCCACCUCCUCGAGGACGAGGCCGCCGUCUACACCGCCCUGGCCGCCCACCAGGGCCGCCUGAUCCCCGUGUUCCUGGGCAUUGCCGAUCUGGCGCGCCCGCUGCCCCUGCAGAGCCUCGCGCGCGUGCCGCACCUGCUGCUGCUUUCCUACGCGGGGCCGCUGCUGUCGCCGGACGACACGCACGCGGCUGCCGAGAGGGAGCGCACCGUCGCGGAACUGCAGGCGGCCGGCCUCUACAACGACGACGUGCACGCUGGCAACAUGGCGUGGAACGCGGAGGCGGGCCGCGUCAUGCUGUUUGACUUUGACCAGGCCUGCGUUUACCAACGACCCCAGCAGCCGGAGCACUCUGAGCCAUCCGCGAUACCGCCUCCCUCGCCGCCGGCAACGAAGCGGAGCUUUACGGCAUACAGUGGAGGUGCGACCGAGGGUCGCACGACACCGAGUCCGAAGCGGCUCCAGCUGCAAAGCGCGUGA